AUGGCGGUCGACUGCCCCAUCUGCAACAAGCCCGUCAAGCCGUCCGAGAUCAACAGCCACAUCGACUCGGGCUGCACGAGCUUCAUCAUCGGCGUCGACAAGCAGCCCACGCCGCCGCAGUCGCAGCAGCAGAAUGGCGUCCCCUCCUCCCACGCGACGCCGUCGUCGCAGAAGCGCAGCGCCUCGAGCUUCUUCUCGACGCCCGCGCCCAAGCGCGUGCUCACAAACGACAAGAUGCUGACGACGCCGCUGGUCAACGGGGCCGCGGCCGGCAAGAAGAGGAGCUUCGAUGAGGGGCCUGGGGCGGGCCCGGCGCUGGAUCCGGCGAACGUGAUGGAGGUUGAGGAGCCGGCGGCGGCGACGACAAACGGAACGAACGGAAUACAUGGGAGCCACGAUGCGCCACCGGCGCCGCAGCAGCAGACCGAAUCUGACGACGGGAGGGUCGUCAAACGGACCAAGACGCAGCGCGCCGCGCCUCUCGCCGAGAGGAUGCGUCCGCAGACGCUCGACGAGGUGUGCGGGCAGGAACUCGUGGGCCCCAACGGCGUGCUGCGGUCGCUCAUCGAGACGAACCGCGUGCCGUCCAUGAUCCUCUGGGGCGGGUCGGGGACGGGCAAGACGACGAUCGCGCGGUGCAUCGCGCAGGUGGUGGGCAGCCGGUUCGUGGAGCUCAACGCGACGAGCACGGGCGUGUCCGAGUGCAAGCGGCUCUUCCAGGAGGCGGCCAACGACAUGGCGCUGACGGGGCGCAAGACCAUCAUCUUCUGCGACGAGAUCCACCGCUUCAACAAGGCGCAGCAGGACGUCUUCCUCAAGCCCGUCGAGGCGGGCACCGUGACGCUCAUCGGCGCGACGACGGAGAACCCGUCCUUCAAGGUCGCCAACGCGCUGCUCUCGCGCUGCCGCACCUUCACCCUCAAGCCCCUCUCCACGGAAGACGUCGUCGCCAUCCUGCAGCGCGCCCGCGCCGCCGAGGAGUCCGUCUACCCGCCCACGCCGCUCCUCGACGACGACAUGAUAGCCUACCUGGCGCGCUUCAGCGACGGCGACGCCCGCACCGCGCUCAACCUCCUCGAGCUGGCCCUGUCGCUGGCGGCGCGCGAGGGCAUCACCAAGGAGGACAUCAAGCAGUCGCUCACCAAGACGCUCGUGUACGACCGCGGCGGCGACCAGCACUACGACUCCAUCUCGGCCUUCCACAAGUCGGUGCGCGGGGGCGACGCCGACGCCGCCCUCUACUACCUCGCGCGCAUGCUCCAGUCGGGCGAGGACCCCCUCUUCGUCGCCCGCCGCAUGGUCGUCAUCGCCUCCGAGGACGUCGGCCUCGCCGACAACACCCUUCUGCCGCUCGCCACCGCCGCCUACACGGCCGCCCAGCAGAUCGGCAUGCCCGAGGCGCGCAUCCCCCUCGCCCACUGCGCCGUCGCCCUGUGCCUCGCCCCCAAGAGCACCCGCGCCUACCGCGGCCUCAACAACGCCUACGCCGCCCUGCGCGAGCCCGGCGUCGCGGGUCUGCCCGUCCCCCUGCACCUGCGCAACGCGCCCACCCGCCUCAUGCGCGACAUGGGCUACGGCGCCGAGUACAAGUACCCGCCCAACUACCGCGACGGCCGCGUCCGCCAGGCCUACCUCCCGGACGAGCUGCUCGGCCGCCGCUUCCUCGAGGACAGGGACCUGGGGACCGAGGUCGACCCGGACCUGACCAUGGAGGAUACGUGA